CAAAACGUCUAUCGGCACCACUCGCGUCUUACAAUACGUGAAACAAUAUUCUAUUUUUAAAUUAUCUGUAUUCGAUAUUCCAAGUUUAAACAUUUGAAGAUUUCGUGUUCUGUGCUGUUUGUUGAUUUCUAGCAAAAGAAAUAUGGCAGCCAUAGAAGAGAAGUUGUAUCCUAAUUGUGAUGCGACCGUUUGGCUCCGAUCUUGUGAGGAGGAGGUGUCUGAACCUCUGGAAGGGGUGACCACAGGUGAAGUACCAAAAUGGCUCCGUGGCACCCUACUACGCAAUGGGCCAGGUUCCUUGAAGGUCGGAGACAUGCGGUUCGAUCACCUUUUCGACAGUUCCGCACUUUUACACAGGUUCGCGAUUGACGAUGGUCAUGUGACAUACCAGUGCCGGUUUCUCCGUACCAACACGUUGAAGAAGAAUCGGGCAGCCAACCGCAUCAUCGUUUCGGAGUUCGGGACUAAGUCCGCCCCAGACCCUUGUCAUUCAAUAUUCGACAGGGUAGCAGCAUUCUUCAACCCCGCGGAGCACAUGUCAGACAACGCUAUGAUAUCAGUAUAUCCAUUCGGUGAUGAAGUGUACGCGUUCACUGAAGGACCUAUUAUACACAGGGUAGACACAGUCACCCUGGACACCCUUGAGCGCAAGAACAUGACGAAAUGCGUUGCGCUCGUCAACCACACCUCACAUCCACACGUCAUGCCUAAUGGGGAUGUCUACAACCUUGGUAUGACGAUAGUGAAAGGCACAAUACGACACGUUGUCGCUAAAUUUCCUUACACAGAAAAAGGCGACAUGUUUAAAAGCGCACGCAUUGUAGCAUCGUUGAAGCCACGGUGGACACUUAAUCCUUCUUACAUGCAUACUUUCGGUAUAACUGAAAAUUAUUUCGUGAUAGUGGAACAGCCAUUGUCAGUAUCAGUUCCUGGUCUGAUGCGAGGUCUCAUCACCAAUGACAAGCUCGUUUCCAGCUUGCAAUGGAAUCCUGGUUAUGAGACCCACAUAGUACUUCUAAGUCGGUCCACAGGCCGAGAAGUAAAGAGAUUUCGUACUGAAAGUCUAUUUUAUUUGCACAUCAUCAACACGUUUGAACGGGAUGGCAACCUGAUUGUGGACAUCUGUACCUAUAAGGACGCUAAAGUCAUAGACGCUAUGUACGUGAAGGCUAUUGAGUCAAUGCAAAGUAAUGCGGACUACGCGAAUUGGUUCCGAGCACGACCUAAGAGGAUGGAGGUAUCGCUGGACGCACCUAACCUCACUUAUGUGGUACCUAGAAUCCUAGCUAACAUCGGCUGUGAGACCCCAAGACUGCACUAUGAUGAUCAUAAUGGAAAACCCUACAGAUACUUUUACGCCAUCAGUUCUGAUGUAGAUGCUGAAAAUCCUGGAAUGGUUAUAAAGGUGGAUACGAACACCGGCGAGACGAAGACGUGGUGUGAGCACAACUGUUACCCGAGCGAACCAAUAUUUGUGCCAGCUCCUAACGCUAAGGAUGAAGACGACGGAGUUCUUCUAAGUGCUUUAGUGUGGGGCGGUGACGUCACAAACACAGUGGCAGUAUUAAUCCUAGACGCUAAAACUAUGCAGGAACUAGCUCGAUCCACCUUCGACACUCCCUCACCAGCUCCUAAAUGUUUACACGGCUGGUUCUUACCGACUAACAGUUAAACAUUAUCAAAAUAAGUUUAGAAUAGUGGCCUGUUUCUCAGUCAAUCUAUUUUCAUCUUGCUUGAUUCGAACUAAGUCUCCAUUUUUAGGAA